GCGAGAUUCUGAAUCAACCAUCUUUGACCAUCGGGAGGCCUAUAAACAUGCAUUCCGCACAUCAUACCAUGUACCAUGUACCAUAUUGCUUCUCUCCCACCUCGAUCCCCUAUCGCUCUUGGGUCGAUCACACCUUCGUCCUCAUAGAAAGUAUCUUACAACCUAUAGACCAUGCCUUACCGAUUAGAAGUUACCACCAACGCUCGACGAUCCUGUAACGGUACCAAACCGUGCAAGGGGAGCAAGAUCACCAAGGGGGAGUGUGUGUUUGGGACGUGGGUGACGUUCAAGGAGACGGGCAGUUUCAAAUGGAGACAUCUGGCUUGUAUGACCCCGAAAGUCAUCCAGAACCUCAAGAAUGAGAUUCCCGAUCCUACCGAAGUAGACGGGUACGAUGAGCUCCCUGAACCGCUUCAAGACAAGUUCAAGCAGUAUUUCGAAGAUGAAGCCAUUCCGGACGAAGAUCGUCCAGAGUCGGCCAUCCCCAAAUCGGACGACGAGAACGCCGAGGAUAAAGAGGAAGACGGUGCUGCUGGAAAGAAGGGCAAGAAGGGAGCAAAAGGAGCAAAGGGGAAGAAAGCUGCUGGGGAUACCGAUGCUGAUGAGAAGGAGGAAAAGAAGCCGAAGAAAGGUUCCAAGAAAGUGAAGGACGAUGAGGAACCCACUACGAGCAAGAGGAAACCCGCCUCUAAACGUAAAAAAGCGGAGAGCGAUGCCGAGAGUUCUGCCCUGUCGGACGAGGAGGACAAGAAGCCUGCCAACAAGAAAGCAAAGACCGUCAAGAAAGAGGCGCCAGCUUCCAAGAGGUCUGGAAGAGCCGUAAGGGAAAGGCUGAGAUCGCCCGUAUAUUACGGCAUACUGAUCGAUCGGUGUGAAACCUACAUUCUUGUGGAUAGACCGCAAGCAAGAAGUCUCUGAAGGAGGAAUCCGACGAAGAUGUUGACUUGUCGGAAGUAGAGGAAAAGAAAGCCAAGCCGGUCAAAAAGGGGAAGAAGGCCAAGGCGGAAGAUGAGGAGGAGCCUGCUUGGUCCGACAGCGACUGAGCGAAGGCAGCUGCAACGAAAGCAAAAUGGUUAUACUCCAUCAGGAUCCCAAAUAUACAAU